AUGUCCCUGAUAGCAGAGGAUGAGUGUCCGUUAUCCUGUAUCUGUGCCAGAGACUCCGGGACAGUGACCUGCCGUGACAACGAGGACACCGAGUUACCGGGAGACAUACCGGCGUGGGCGACCACGUUAAUACUCAGGGGGAACAACAUCUCAACCUUACCGGGUGGAGCGUUCUCCUCGAAUAACGGGACGAAACUCAAGCUAAUGACCCUCUCACUGUCACAUAAUGGAAUCAUGGUGAUCGAGGCUGACGCUUUCACAGGACUCCCACGGUUGCGUUUGCUGGAUUUGAGCCACAAUCGGUUGGUGUUCAUCUCAGACCGGGCGUUUCACAGUCUGCAAGAGCUCCGCUCUCUUUACCUGAAUGACUCGCUCCUCGCACCGGCUGUGGCGCAGCUCUCCAAUGCAUUGGAUGGAGAUAUUUUAUGCAACCUCCACCGGCUGGAUCUAUCUGGUAACCGGUUGAAAACCAUACCCAUUUCAAGGUUAGAUGCAUUCAACCUCCACACUUUAGUUUUAACCAAUAACUCAAUCGAGAACAUUGGUAAAGAGAACAUCUCCAGUUUGUACCGUCAAAAGCAAGUGCGCGUAUAUUUAUCACUAAACCCGUUCAGGUGUAACUGUGAGCUGGAGUCGUUCUACUUCUGGUUAAAGAACUCUUCUCAGUGCGUGGACGCUGCGCGCCUCCUGUGCGCCGAGCCUGAUGCCAAGAAAGGGAUUCCAAUAGAGCGGUUACGCGGUGAGGACGUGGAUUGUCUCAAUGAGAACUUAGAGGCGGUGUCCUACGUGUUCCUAGGGAUAGUCCUGGCGCUGAUCGGCAUAGUAUUCCUCAUGGUGCUCUAUCUAAACCGGAGAGGAAUCAAACGGUGGCUCAACAACAUCCGCGAUGCGUGCCGCGACCAGAUGGAAGUGUAUCAUUACCGGUACGAGCAGGACUCCGAUCCCCGGUUGGCUAACGUCGCUGUUUAA